CGGCAACAACAAAAGAUAGUUGUGGUGGCCUCCAUGAAAUAGCCAGGUGAGGUGACCCCAUUCGAUCCAUGAUCUCUCCCAACACCGACGACUAGCAACACACACAUGACUGCGCAGUUGAUCUUGCCAUCACUUGUUCUCCACACUGUAGCCUUCUUGUUACUACAGCUACCAAGAAUAGCUGCUUCCCAAACAACAGAGCCGCCUGAACAACAAGGCUGCAGCUCGCCCAAGGCAUGCGGGAGCCUGAACAUCUCGUACCCAUUCUGGGUGGAGGAGCCAGGAGGAGGGCAGCCGCCGUGCGGGUCGCCGUCGUUCCAGCUCAAGUGCAACAGCAGCGGCGCGUUCCUGAGCCGCUCCAUGUUCCAGGCGUACCGGGUGGUGAACAUCUUCUACCAGAACAGCUCCCUGCACGUGGUGGACGAGAACCUCCCGCUCGCCGACGGUUGCCCGGCGCCGUGCUUCAACCUCACGCUCAGCAUGGGGUACAUGCCGGAGCUCGCCAUCAGCAGAGCCAACAGCGAGCUGCGGUUCCUCUCCCGGUGCGACGAUCCUGUGCCGGAGGUCGUGCCUGGGUUUCAGCGCAUGCCUUGUGACAACGACUCGUUCGUCGGGUUUAGACGGCGGUUCGGAAGCCACGGCGGCGGCAGAGAACACGGCGGGGCAACACCGCCGCCGGGCUGCCUUGUCUCUGUCGUGCCUACUCUCCCGGCGACAGAUCGGGACAGCAGGCACAACUACGUCGGGAGCAUGAGGAAUGGGUUUCUGCUGGAGUGGACGGUGGUCUCAGGGGAUUGCUCCAAGUGCACGGCAAGCGGCGGCGAAUGCAUGUACCCUGACAACGGCCUGGGUUUCUCCUGCAAUUGCCCCGACGGCAUACAUUACCCAGUGAAUUGCGGUAAUAAGAGGACUGGCAGCAGAAGGAUAAUGCUGAUAGUAUUGAUGGCAGUGGCUGGAACCUUGCUUCCUCCAUGUAUUUAUCUGCUGAUAUGUCAGAGAAAGGGGCAAAAACCAUGUUUUCUCAUUGGUAAAAUGACUAUCAGGAAAAACGAAAGGAACAUUGAGGUCUUAAUAUCAUCGCAUGGAUCACUAGCUCCAAAAAGAUAUAAGUACUCGGAAGCAACAAAAAUAACAUCUUCUAUAAAUAAUAAUAAGCUUGGAGAAGGUGGUUAUGGUGUUGUUUUCAAAGGAAGACUAAAUGAUGGUCGCCUAGUUGCAGUGAAAUUCUUGCAUGACUCCAAAGCAAAGGGGGAGGAAUUUGUGAAUGAGGUUAUGAGCAUUGGCAGGACCUCACAUGUGAACAUUGUUAGCUUAUAUGGGUUUUGUUUGGAGGGGUCAAAACAAGCUCUUAUAUAUGAGUACAUGGCCAAUGGUUCUUUGGAUAAGUACAUCUACUCAGAGAACCCUAAACAAAUUUUAGGAUGGGAAAGGCUUUAUGCAAUAGCAAUUGGGAUUGCUCGCGGACUAGAAUAUUUGCACCAUAGCUGUAACACACGUAUUGUCCAUUUUGACAUCAAGCCUCAAAAUAUCCUUCUUGAUCACGAUUUUUGCCCCAAGAUUGCUGAUUUUGGUUUAGCUAAAUUGUGUCGUACCAAGGAGAGCAAGCUUUCAGUGACUGGUGCUAGAGGAACAAUUGGAUUUAUAGCUCCUGAAGUGCAUUCACGAACAUUUGGAGUGGCUUCGACAAAAUCAGAUGUUUAUAGUUAUGGAAUGUUGUUGCUAGAGAUGGUCGGGGGCAGGAAAAAUGUAAAAGUAAUGGUUGAAAAGUCAAGUCAGAAAUAUUUUCCAGAUUGGAUCUAUGAUCACUAUGCUCAAAAUGAUGGGUUAGUAGCUUGUGAAGUUGCACAGGAAGAUGAGGAAAUCGCAAGAAAAAUGAUUUUGAUUGGCCUGUGGUGCAUACAGAUAUUACCUAUGCAUCGCCCUACAAUAACCAAAGUUUUAGAAAUGUUCGAAAGUGGCUCAGAUGAAUUGGAGAUGCCAUCGAAGCAAAACUUCAGUCAAGUGCUCGAAGACCUAGCUUACAAUAUGAAUGCAGAAAGCACAAGUCCCAGCAGUACUACGACAAUACAAGCUUAUAGUGACACGCUAAAGGCCAAAGAGAUAAGCCUUACAAAUUAAAAAAUAAUAAUACGACGCUUACCCACGCUUUGGUA